UUUCGAGAUUUAUAAACAUCAUCUGCCUGUUGUUUUUUUUUUUUCUUCGAAGAGUUUAUUUUUUGAAAAUAAGUAAACUACUCCCAGCACUCCCAGCGAUUGAACUGUAAAACGUGUUACGUGUUGUUUACACAAAACAUGGAUUCAGGGCAGUUUUUGCAUCAUUCGAAAUCGAUGACAUCGGUCUGUCGUUUGUGUUUUAUGGAACGAGUACAGCUGGAGUUUAUUUUUGAAUGCGAAAGUAAAUAUUUAAGCGAGUGGAUCGAAAAACUCACUUCUCUGAAGAUUAUCAAUAUACCCAACGCUCCUGCAUCCUUAUGCUCGGAAUGCAAAUCCACUUUGGAAGGCUUCGAUGCAUUUCGAGAGAUGUGCAUCGCCAACGAUGUUGUUUUCAAUGAUACUUUUUGUCAGAAUAACAUCAAGCCAAAUGAUUUUACUGGUGCUGCCGUUAUUAAGGUGGAAUGCAUUGAAGACCAACAAAUUGAGAUUGCAGCUACGGAAGACGAACAAUCAUGGAUUAAGUGCGAAAUAAUUGCAGAACAAGGAAACACUGAUGUUGCGUCAACAGAACUAUUGUUAGAUGUGUUCGAAGCAAAAUUUCAGGAUGCGCACAUAUGCACUGAAACUGAUGGCAUAGAAAACGCACAGAAUAGAAGCGAUGUGGUCACAUCGGAAAACACGAUUGCUGGUGACCUUUCGUCCUACAAAGCUGGAGAUUUGGAAUGCAAAGUGUGCAAGAGAACAGAAUCCAAAAUGCAUAUCAUGACUCACAAAGCUAAGGGGUUGUUUCAGUGCUACAUGUGUGAGCAGAAAUUCAACAGAAGUACAAAAUGUUUGAACCACGUAAAUUGGCAUUUAAGGCCUAAACUGCCUACAUUGGCUGGCAAUUAUUGCAAAAUAUGCAUGAAACUCAAGUCCAAAAUGCACGUCAUUACGCAUAAAGCAGAAGGAUUAUACGUAUGCAAAUUUUGUGAAAAAAUAUUCAAAAAUGCUUGGUCUCUGAAUAUGCACAUGAAACACUUUCACAUUGGAAAAAAUGCCCACAAAAUAACUAAUGAGGAAGAAGUUCCAGCACCAGUCGAAGUUGAGCACAAUACCCAAAUAAAUAAUACUGAUAAACGUAUAGAUUCCAGCUUUGAAGGUAAUAAAUUCACAACGAUGUCGAAUGUCGAAGAGCAAUUUGAAAACCAUAAAUAUAUAGAUAGAUGUAAAAUCUGCGAGAAAAAUGUGUCAAAAUUGCAUAUAAAAACUCACAAAGCUAAAGCAUUAUUUGUAUGCCACAUUUGUUCAAAAAUGUACAAGAAAUACGAUUAUCUUAGCAAGCACAUCAAUAGUCACAAAAAGAAGAAAAUUACACGAAAAGGGAUAGCAAGUGAGAACAACAAACCACAUGUGUCAAUGGCAUGCGAAAGUAAAACAUCGGAAGACCCAACUGAAACGUCGUCGAGCUCAACUGCACCGGAAACCGUCGUUCAAGCCAAAGGCAAACAUGUAAUAACCCGAAGCUAUGAGUGCAAACUCUGUGCCACAUUUGUAACCAAACUGCAUGCAGAAUCUCAUAAGGCUGAAGGAUUCCAGUGCCCUGUCUGUCAGUGCUACUAUAACAAGUUUGAUUGCUACAGCAAACACAUUAAAACUCAUAGAGAUAAGGGAAAAUAUGCAUGCACAAUUUGUGGUAAAGUGUUUUCUAAUACAUUCGGGGUGACACGACAUCAAAAGAUACAUAAUGUAAAUCUUCUGGACGCAAAUUAAAGAAAAAUAAACGAUUACAUUACUAGAAAAUGAUAAA